CGCUCACUGAGCACGGCUGUACGGGGCUGGUGGUGCUGCCGCUGCUGCCGUGUGACGGGCAGGUGACGAGCGAUGAGCGAUGAGCCCGCGACGGACCUCGGCUCUCCGCGGCGCGGAGCUCCGGGUGAUCGCGGAUGCUUUGUUUGUUAAAGAGGCCGGUGGAAGAUGGAGAUCGCGUCCGGAGAAAACUGUCUCCCAGUGUUCGUUAGAUUGUUGCCUCCCGAGCAACAGGUCCUGUGUCAGUUUGAAGUUUUGUUCUUGUUACCUCGGAGCCUUGACUGACAAAAAUGAAAUAAAGUGGAUUUCUGCUUGUCAGCACAGAAUACGAGUAAAAAUAAACAAAUCAUUGUAUUGACAAUAAGUAAAUGAGCAUGAAAAAUAAGUUUUUCAAAUGGAGAAUAAUUUGUCCCGAAAAUAGAAAGGGAAAUUACACGAUUGAAAAAUGGAUGAAUGUUUGUGAUGAUGUUUAUGUUCGUGUUUAAUUAAUACGCAUUGCCAUGGUGCAGAGUCCAUUCAUUUCAGGUGGAUAUGUUCUAAUCAAUUAAAUUACUACGAUAGCUUAAGUGACCACACUUUGCGGAUGAAAUGAAAAAUGAAAUUAAUAAACAGAACACGAUCAGCUUCUAGCAUUUGAUGAAACGAUUCAACAUUAAAGUUGUAGACAGUAGUAAAUAAAAAAUGCUGAAUUUAACAAAUCAAUGAAUAAACAAGUGAAUAACAGUGGUGAUGAUGAUGAUAAUAAUAAUAAUAAUAAUAUGAAUUAUGAUGAAAUGUUAGUACAUUUCCAUUUAUGCAAAUUAUACUGCUAUCAUCAUUUAUUAAUUCAUUCAUUUACCUCGUGUCCCAUUGGUUGUCGGUGUGUCUCGGCUCCGGUGGUCAGCAGCAAGAGGAGCAGAUCUGUGUGCGCUCCUUGGACUCCGCUGUCAGCCUCCACUGACACAACUGGACACUGCUCUUUGACUCUUUUUUUUCUAACCUUUUUUUUUUUUCUUAUUAUCAUUUUAUACAACCUCUACAUUUUAAUUUUUUUUGCAGCCAAGCAAGAUAUUUCCCGCGAGGACAUCGAUACGGGUUAUUUGCAGCGUCCUCGACACCCUGUGCGGAGACUCACAUCCCCUAAAUGCCUCUCAUUGAGAAAAGGCUGCGGACGGUCAGCGCUGUCAAUGUGUUCAAGCAGCAGAUCACUUGAUCGAGAUGGGAAACAAGCAAACAAUAUUUACCGACGAGCAGCUGGAUGCCUACCAGGACUGUACAUUUUUCACUCGCAAAGAAAUUCUGCGCUGCAGCUGUGACAGCACAGUUAUGUAACAUCAAAGAAGCAGGUUAUCACUGAUGACCAUAAGGUCACUGAUGUGAGCCCUCCAGCCUUAUGUCAUACAACUCAAGAACAUAACAGUUGCAUGGCAGAUACCAUGAGUUGGCUCCACACCUUGUACCAAUGGACUACACCAAUGAACCUGAUUGCAAACUGCCUUUAGCCUUGAUCGUCAACAUGCCAGAAUUAAAGGAGAAUCCAUUUCGCAGCAGGAUCGUCGAGUCUUUCUCUGAGGAUGGGAUGGGGAAUCUUAGCUUCAAUGAAUUUGUGGACAUGUUCUCAGUCCUCAGUGAAAUGGCUCCAAGGGAACUCAAGGCCAUAUAUGCCUUCAAAAUAUAUGAUUUCAAUGUGGACAAUUACCUGUGCAAAGAAGACCUGGAAAAAACUCUGAAUAGGCUGACAAAGGAGGAGCUGACCCCUGAGGAGGUGGAGCUGGUGUGCGAGAAGGCCAUCGAGGAGGCGGAUUUGGACGGGGACAACAAACUCUCUUAUGCUGACUUUGAAAACAUGAUAACUAGGGCUCCUGACUUUUUAAGUACCUUCCAUAUACGAAUCUGAGAGGGCCCAAUGGAAGUUUUUCCAAGGUGGACAGUGUGAUGAACCUCAGGACUUUACCUGAACCACGUCCUGGCCACAGCACAGUGCCUGUGUCCCGCUCCCAUCGUCAAAAAAUCACACAUCAGUGCUCUCUGGCCUGAGUGCAGUCUGCUGAGUAAAGAAAUCAAAACACUGGGUACAAUUGAGUCCCCAGGACAUUGGAUUUUUUUUUUUUUACCGUAGAGGGAAGUGGUUUUUUCCCCCUUUUAUCACAUAUAAAGGGCUUGACCUGGAUUGGUCUCUUUCUGGGAGAAAAGGUCAUUCUUCCACAUUUUAAGUUUGGAAAAUGGGGACUGAAUGAAGUCUAAAACGAGCCAAACACUGGAUAGCUGCUUAUUGGGGCCGUUCAAGAAUACUACAUGAAAUGCUCCAGCUACCUAUAUUGCACAUGUCUUCCUACAAUGACACACACAAGCUUGAGGUGAGUGAAAGCACAGCAGUGGCGUUAAGGGGAUACAUAUAUUCUUUAUAAGCUAUGCAAUAUUUGUACAUGCAGUGUGUUGCUUUUCGUCAUUAUAGGUUGUAUUGGUUCGUUUUUUUCUCUCGCUUGUGGGGCUGGAACAUGUUGACAAUCAUAUAUUACUGUUCUCCAGUUAAAUGAAGGGCUCUGUCAUCUGAAUUCAUUUUGGUAGCUUUCAUCCGUCUCAGCCAUUAUCGUGAGAUGUUAGUUACAGCCAUCUACAUGUGACAGUGCAGUAUGUGACUUCAGGUAUUUGUCUUACUUUGAAUAAAUGUUUUUUUCUGUC